AUGGGCCAGCAGCAAAGUCGUACGCUGCGGAACCCGUCAGGGCACCUUCAGGAUGCCAGUAGAGACGAGGAAACGGGAGCCGUUACCGACAGUCCCAAGACUAAUUGUUGUCCGCGUUUGAGCCAAACGCUGGAUUCCGGUGAGGCUCAAGGAGCCGAGACCUUGCGCGACGCUGCAGGACCGAGCGAAGGCUCUGGUGGAGCGACGGUGGGGAGAAGUCACCACACCACCCCGUUGCUCCGGGCUACGAGUGCUGCUGCUGCGUUGGCGACGGGGAACCCUCGCGGGGGCGCAAGCGAGCCCGGAGGCCCUGGUGAGGGUGUCCAGGGAACCAUAGGGUCACCAGGGCUCACAUAUAGCCGUUUUCAUUUGAUGCAGAUCGCAGCAGGUCGACCACUUGAUGCCGUGACCAUAGUGGAAACAGUCUACGGCAGAAUGGUCGGGCUCGGAGCACCAGCGCCGCCCGAGCUUUCGGAAGCAAGGACUGCGUCCAGUUUAACUGUAGGUGAAGCGAACAUGAACCUUUCCACUUUGCAGCCGACUUCGUAUCCAAACACGUUCAACGCUGCGCUGCCGGCUGUGGAGCCUCCCGUACUCGUGCUCGAUGAGUCGUCAGAGCCGGUCGCUGGCUUCCAGCCCUUGCACGGGAGGGUUGUUUCCAACUCGGCCACCACUGUUCAUGAGUCUGUACCAGUUCAGUACGCUGAGUCAGAUGCCAAGGCUGGAAUAGCGCAGAGCGCGGGGGUUCAGAUUGCCCGGCUACGUGCUCACGCCCGCCAGGAAGCAGCAGACGACUCGAGAUCGAGCGCUUCACCAGAGUCGUCGGAAGAGGCGGGGGCACUCUCGGUUUCGCUUCCUAGCUCGCCUCAACUAUCACGCAUUAGUAGCUGGCGCAAAUCGCAGCCGCGAGAUCACCGCUUCAUGAAAGACGGAGUGCGCUACUCCAGAUCAAUGAGGCACCAGUCAUCGAGUCUGAGUCUUCGAUCCCUCGGAAGGGCGGAUACGAUGGAUGAUGAAGCAGCACGGGAGCCGUCGCUUCUAGAAACCGGAACACCUAGCCAGUCACAGACUUGCUUUCAGGUCAGAUCCGAGGAGGAAAGUUUCGCCGGUCCUCGGACCGUAUCCGAGAAAGGUAUGCGUGCGGCUCUUUCCAAUAACGCAACUGGGAUGGCAACUAUUUUGGAAGCGAAGACGAGCAUGGAUCCCAGUAUCCAAGCAGAGCAAAGCGCCGCGAUUUCAGCGCAGCUAGAAUCUGCGCCUCCCAAAACGAGCCUAGGGUCACCGCCGCGUUCAGCGCCUUGGCGUCCAGCGGACACUGCAACGGAAUCAAAAGAGCUUCGUGUUGGUGCGUCUGGUGAUGGAUAUGCCCCCGAGGUUCACACUGCGCAAGAUCACGCGCUGUUCGGGAAUUAUGCCGCAUACGCACCUGAUGCGACCUUCAGCUUCGCCACGGCAAUUCCGGUAUCGGUGGCGACCUUGUAUUUUGCAGACCCCGACAAGAGAGGAAUUUUCUAUGAAAAGAGCCUGGCAUCGAUUCUCCACAAGUGGCAGCGGUUCCGCGAAGAGUGCCGACGAGAUUUAACGCUUCGCAGCCGAACGCGUCUACGAGCAUUGAAAGCGGCCGCUCUGUUCUCAACUUCCGUCGUGAAAAGCCGUGGCAUCCUCACGCUGAAGAGUGUUCGACGUUGCGUGGAACAUGUCGACGUGCGCCGCAUUUAUCUGGGGCAAACGAACAACAGAGCACAGAUCGGGCCAGAGGCGGCCACAUCGCUCGAUUUUGACACAUGGAACGACACCGAGGGGGAUCCGGACGCAGAUUCUGCAAGCAGCGACAAUCAGGCGAACGCCGAAGAUGAAACAGCGGAGGAUGAUGAUGAGGAGAAUCCACCGCAGCAGCAACAGCAACAGCAGCAGCAGUCCAGCGAAAACGCUGCAGCGUAUGCUGCUGGGCGUGUUAUGCAGGAUCUGCCAGGCUCAAUGCAGCACGCCAGCGCAUCGAGCAGCGCGGUACCUGCCGCGGAUCGUGUGGGCGCCUGCGAUAGUCAUCAGGAUGACCAGGAUACGAGAAUGAGUGAUGAUGAAAGUGACGAGGACGAAGACUUUGACGAGAGCGAUGAUGAACGUAGCUCCUUCGAGGAUUCGGACUCGACCUCGAACGACUCGAGCGUUGUGCUACGGCGGACGCCCGCGAAUCACGCCUCUCAUGGUGUAGCAGCUCGUGAUCAGCGCUCUGCGCCAGCUUCUGAGGCACCCAUCGCCCAAGCAGCGGACUCAGCGUCCGCCCCGAACAACCUGCUCGCCGAACGGACACCGCAAGCGAGCAGCAGCGAAGCGUACCGACAGAUGCAGACGAGCGCGAGCGCCCAAACGAGCACCACGUCUGCCACGACGACAGCGUCGUCGACCACUGCUAGAGCGCAACGGUCCUCUGCAACCGGACGCUCGCGGGAAUUAGCCCAAAGCGAUUGGAUACAGGCUCAAGUCAAAGAGGUCGAGCGACUCGAGCGCCGCGCAAACCGCUGGCAACUCUACACCAUCCACAAGCUGCUGCCCUGGGGCGAAGAUCGAAUCUGUGACAAAUUUGAUCAAUUCGAUCUAGGGGCCAUCCGCCGCACGCGCUCGUGGCCAACGAUGGACCCGCACGACGCCUCCGCACACGUGGAUCAUACGGCGUUGAUGGCGGGAACCUUCAUUGAACGUCAAACAGCAGCUGGAUUUGAGCAUUUCGACCUGACCGAGGCGGCGAUCAGUCUCGAAGCAGCUGCGCGCAUGCUUCGCCACGACAUUGUGAAACUCGCAGAGAUCAUGGAGGACAACGACGAAGAGCGCAAGAACUUUAGCGUAUGGCUCUUGCGCUUGGCGACUGGUGGUCGGAUUCGGAAUGAGCUCCAGACGCCUGAGACGCUUCAGGGGCUGCGAUGUGCGAAUCCCUCGGUAUCGAGUGCGGAGCAGUGUACGCUUCACACGCACACACAGAAUGGGCGUGCGCCUACCUCGACGCCUAUGGCUAGCGCUAGCCUUGUGGGUGCGAGCACGCGGCAGCUUAUGCCCGCUGCCGUGCCCCCAGGUGCAUGUCUCGACGAGCGUAGCACGAUGCGUUCCGCAGAAGAUGAAAUCCAGAGCGGCAACAUCGUGGACAUGCACGGCAUAGCGGCGGUUUUGCGAAUGCUCUGGGAGGACUGCAUCGACGUCUUCGAGGCAGAUUUCGCGAACCGGCGCCACGAUGAUCUCGCUUUCCCGAACGAUGAAACUACGGAAGCGUUUCGACGCCUCUUGGAUAACAUUGUGGACUCGUUCUCGCCGGCAGCGAGCCUGUCGGUAUCGCAUCGGGAUAGUCGCCACUUUUUGACGACGGAGGAAUUCAUGAGCCUCGCUGAUCUCCUAACCCGUAUGUAUGUUCGCCAAAAGAAUCGAAUGGAAUGCGUUGGACGCUACGAGAUUGGUCGGCUACUAGGACGAGGCUCCGAGGGGCGCGUUCACGUCGCUCGUGAUAUCUACACCGGGCGCCGGUACGCCAUCAAAAUGAUCCGUCGAGGCAAGUUUGUGGAGUUUGCGCGUAUCGAUCGUGAGGUGCAAGCAAUGCAGGUCGUUGCCCGCCAUCCCAACGUGAUCCAUCUGCACGAGGUACUCGAAUCCCGCCGCAACGUCUACCUCGUCAUGGAGCUGUGCGGAGGUGGCAGCGUGUACGAGUUCGCUUACGCCCGCCUGUGUCGUACGUCGGAGCAGCUGGAUCGCAACAAACCAGAACCGCUACUAGAUGAGGCGGAAGUGCGCUUCCUCGUGCGUCGACUUGUUGAAACGGUGGCAUUCUGUCAUGCACAUGGGGUCAGUCAUCGGGAUCUGCGGUUGAACAACCUCAUGCUCCUGGAUAGUGGUGAAUUGAAAAUUGCUGAUUUCGGACAAGUUGGACUGUUCAGUGCCGGUUGGGAUAUGUUCGAGACGAACCUAGUUGGCUCGCUUUAUAACCUCGCCCCAGAACUGGUACAAGGACAAGUCUAUCAGAGCACCAAGGUCGACGUCUGGUCCUGUGGUGUGAUCCUCUACUGGUUACUCGAGGGUCAUCCGCCGUUCCCCGAGGAGGAUCUCAACCGACUCAUUCCGGCGAUUGUGCAGUGUCGAUAUGCGCCGAUGCGCCUGGCGUCGCCCUUGGCCCAGGACCUUAUUCGCAGGAUUCUGGUACCGCCAGCUGAGCGUCCUGAAGCGGCAGCGCUGCUCGCGCAUCCCUUUUUCACUGGUGUCGAAGCCGACUCGCCGGCCGCUGCGGACACAACGCCCAAGCCAACGACAGCGUCUGCUGCUGCUGCUGGGGGAAUGUCUGCCGCGGCUCCAGACGGUACUGUCGCCGGUACAAGUACUGCAAAUGCGGCGAAUGCGCUAGGCUAUUCCAGAGUCCGUGGGAGCGAUCCAGCAUGGGAGCGGCCUCUCCAGAUGGAUGUCCGCGAUUUCGCCCUCUGUGACGCCUCCAUUCUCCAAAGCAUCGAAGCGGACGGGGGUUCGCUGGCCCUACAGACCAUGUCCAGUGUGCUGAGCGAUGGCGACAUCCAUUUUCAUCCGGGUCUCUGUGUAGAACUGCAUCGCCGGUAUCGGUGGACGCUGCGCUGUUACUGGCCCGAACAUGACAUCAAGUUCAGUGUUGCACUGGUAGCGGGGCCACCACGUGACGAUGAUGGCUACCUCUGUUGCUGUGGCGGCGAGUUCCAGUAUCAUCGACGUGCGUUUGCGAGUCGCGCACAACGACCACCGCUGGUUUAUACGCUCUCUUUUCGCCGGCGCGGUGGCGGUAGCCUCCUCUUUAUGCGUGCAGUUUGCAAAAUCGCGGAUCGUUUCUAUCAGCGAUACCGACGUUUGCUGCAGACACCAAACCGCUGGAAGCUUGACACCUCGGACCAGAAAACGCUACCAGUUGGCGUGGAGGUAUCGCCGGAGACCAACGAGGCACCUGCUGGUGCUGCAGUCGGUAUUGCCGGUGGACGGGGCUCGCUCGAGUCCCGCUUGAAUCCGUCGCGCUUCUCGCGUCCAGUUCGACGACUUUUGUAUCGUUUGCAUCUGUCGAGUGCCGCGAGUCGACGUGGUACCCCGAGUCAAGCGCAGUCGCCGACGACGAAUAGUGGAGCGCAGCGUAUUCCCUCAGAAAACGACGAUGCUGUCUAA